GAGUGAUCUCUUCACCAAAGAAAAGAAGAAAACCCACCCUUAUAUUUGUGUUCCUUUUGAAUCUAGCAGGCUCCAAUAUAUUAGGAGAUAUUUCUAUGGGUGAUUAAUCAAACACUCUUCAAGCAUAUUGCGUCUUUUUUCUCUGUUGUUUGUUGAUUUCUCUAGAUCUAUAGUUUUGUGCUUAAUCUAUAAAAAUGAGUGAGGACAGUAAUGAGAUGAUGCUUCGGUUAGAUCACAAGUUUUUGAUUAUAAAUGAGAGUCCAAGCAAGAGAGUUGGUAAAGGAACUCCAAACUCAGCUUAACCCUACUUCAUCUUCUUCUCGUGAAGUUCUUAUAGCAAGGAUCUUAUCUUCCUUUGAAACUUCCCUUUCGAUGCUAGAUCGAGUCAAGUUGGAAAAUGAAUCAACUAUGGAGUCACCGGGUCAUGUCAGUGGAAGUCCUGUAAGCGAUUGUGAAUCGGAUCUCUAUGGAGAUGGUUCAAGAAAGAGAUGUCGGAAAAGGUUGGCGAGAUGUACCCAAAAGGUGCGAGUUUGUGAGCAGACAGGCCUGGAAGGACCCCUAGAUGAUGGAUACAGUUGGAGAAAAUAUGGACAGAAAGAUAUCAUUGGUGCUAAAUACCCUAGAGGUUAUUACAAGUGUACUUCUCAAAAAACUCAAGGUUGCUCGGCAAUGAAACAAGUUCAACGAUCCGAACUAGAUUCGUCCAUCUUCAACGUUUCUUAUAUAGGAAGACACUGUUGUGUUGAAGGCUCGGAGUUAGUAUCACCAGGGCGAUGUUCACCAAUUAAGCAAGAAUCUAACAACCAUAUUAUUAAUCAACCAAGGGAGAAAAAAUCAGCAGAAGAGACAAUUAUAAGCUUCCAAACGUCUAGUUACCUUGAAGUUGUGAAAGAGGAGAAUGAUUUUGGCAAUCUGAAAGAACUCGAUUCUUUUCCUUCUUUCUCUUUCCCAUCUUUGAAAGUUGAGAACCGUUUCUUAGAAACUACUAGUACUAAUUUUUCUCCUACAAGUACCUCGACAACUGCAGAAUCGAACUACAAUCUUGAAGGUAGAAAUGGUGAACAGAACAUAUUCCAAAAUACUGCUGAUUCUCAUGACUCUAAAAUGGAUGAAAUGAUCGUUUCAUCACCAGAAGCCCAUCCAAUUUCCGUUGCAAAUGAUUCUCCCAAGACUCUAGACUCACGUUGGGAUUGGGAUUUCUUAGUAGAUUAUAUCCCUCCACAUUUCCUAUGA